AUGAGUGUCACCAUCAUCCACCACAUCGACUCCAACGUCCGCACUGUGUCGCACGAGUUGAGCAAGAUUGGAAUGGACGGCCUUGUCUGGCUCUUUGGGCCUUGCGGUCAACAAUGCUCAAGGAUCCACUUGCUAAUGUCUGAAGAAUGCGUGGUUACCCUUGCCGCUCAACAGCGGACACCGCUCGACCAAAAACGACACCGAUCCGUCGAGGAAUGCCGCCGCAAAAACGUUGGAACCACCGCAGAUCUGGAAGGGGCGCAGGACAUUCGUCGGGAGGAGAAUGUCGUCCUGGAAGAGAGGAUCGCCAACCCGGCCACUGGUGCCCAGAAGCUCUUCGACUUCGAGGACGAGCGUCGCGUCCGCGUCUUCUACGAGAAGCGCAUGGCCCAGGAGGUCGCCGUCGACUCGCUCGGUGACGAGUGGAAGGGCUACGUCCUCCGCAUCACCGGCGGUAACGACAAGCAGGGUUUCCCUAUGAAGCAGGGUGUCCUCCUUAACCAGCGUACCCGCCUCCUCCUCUCGGACGGCCACUCGUGCUACCGCGCCCGCCGCUCGGGUGAGCGCAAGCGCAAGUCGGUCCGUGGCUGCAUCGUCGGCUCGGACAUCCAGGUCCUCUCGGCCGUUAUCGUCAAGCAGGGCGAGAACGACAUUGCCGGCCUUACCGACACUGUCCUCCCCAAGCGCCUUGCCCCCAAGCGCGCCACCAAGAUCCGCCGCUUCUUCAACCUCUCGAAGGAGGACGACGUCCGUGCCUACGUUGUUCGUCGUGAGGUCGAGACCAAGGCCGGCAAGAAGUACACCAAGGCCCCCAAGAUCCAGCGCCUUGUCACCCCCCAGCGCCUCCAGCGCAAGCGCCACCUCCAGUCGCUCAAGAAGCGUCGUUCGGAGGCCCAGAAGGAGGUCAAGGCCGAGUACGACGUCGCCGUCGCCAAGUACCAGGCCGAGCGCAAGGCCACCGCCGCCGCCGUCCGCGCCGCCAAGAAGGCCAAGUCGGCUUAA